GAAAUUUUUUUUCCUUCCUUUAAAAAGGGGCAAAAUUGAAAAAUUUUAGUUUAGAAAAAGAAAAUUUUACUAAUUUAAUUUAAUUAUAUUUCAAGUUCAAUCACAAAAAAUCAAUAAUCGAAAUAGAAUUUUUAUCGCAUCUGAACAUUUCAUCAGUUAUUUAAAAACUUAUCUAUGAUUCAUUCUUUGAUACAUUUUAUCGAAGAAAAAGCAUAAAACAAUUGUUUUUAAUUUUAAAUUGUGUUGAUUGCGUGUGACUAUAGUUAAAAAAAGUCAUUUUUAUUCAGGAAUAACGAAAUGAUGAAGAAUUAUCUGAUAAUUUUCCUGCUCAUUGUUUAUGUAAAUUUGUCAAAAUCAGAGAAGAGACAACAAAUUACUUUUAAUAUAAAUGAACUAGACGAUAUUGUAAAUGUUCUACCAACAGAAGAAAAUGAAGAAGAAGAAUUAGAAAAAAUUUGUGGAAAUAAAACUAUCGACAUGUCUCAAACUGGAAUUCGUAAUUUAAAAACAAGAACUUUUGAAAAUAUUCCAAAUAUUCAGUGUCUUAAUCUCGAAGGAAACGAAAUUAAAAAUAUAUCAGAAGAAGUGUUUCAUUCUCAAAAUUUCGAAAAUUUAAUCUACUUAAAUUUAUCAACCAAUUCACUGGACGUAAAUAAUUUAGAUUUUAUAAAUAAUCACAAAAAUUUGAAAACUCUAGUUCUUGACACUAGUUCUGGCAAUAAUAAUAAUAAUAAUAAUAAUAAUAAUAAUAAUAAUAAUAAUAAUAAUAAUAAUAAAAUUUUUAAACCAAAAUUUUCUCUGAAGAAUUUAGAAAAUCUCUAUUUACGAAAUAAUAAUUUAUCUGAAAUAAAUUCUUUAGAUUCUCUUUUAUCAUCAAAUUCGCGACUUAGAAAAUUAUUUCUCACUAACAAUAAAAUAUUUAAUUUCAAUAAUUAUGGUAAUGUAAUUAAUUCCGCGUUAAAAUAUAUACACGUGGAAAACAAUGAUCUCCAAAGUUUAGCAACAUUAAUAAAACUCAAUAGUCUUACACAUUUAUAUUUUGAAAAUGGUUACGGACAGAAUAAAAUUUGUCUUUUUCGUAAUGAAUACAGUAAUCUUCGUGUAUUAUCACUAAAAAAUUGUUAUUUAACGGAUUUGGAAUCUUGUUCUUUUUUCUUUACUUCAAAACCAUUUAAAUUUUUAACAACAUUAGAUCUCUCUCAUAAUCAGCUAAAUGCAAAAUCAAUAAAAAAUAAUCUUCUACCAUCAUUACAAAAUUUAUCAUUAAGUCACAAUCCACUUUCUUCAGUGCCAGAAAAUCUUGCUACGUUACCAAAUUUAAAAGUACUUUCCCUAAGUUACUGUAACAUUUCGAAAAUAACUUCCGAUACUUUCAAAAAAUUUACACGUUUAGAAAUUUUAUCACUCAGGGGAAAUAAAAUUAGUAACUUUGAUAAUUAUUCAUUCUCAUCAAUGACUUAUUUACGAAUUUUAGAUUUAGCUGAAAAUCAACUUCGCACUCUACCACAAUAUUGGUCUUUUAAUUUGAAUAAUUUGCGAUAUUUAAAUUUAAAUUCGAAUUAUUUUCUAUCAGUGAAUGCUCUUAAUUUGGAAAAAAAUUCACUACUGGAAGAUUUACAUUUAAGAAAUAAUAAUAUAAUUAGUUUAAUGAUUGUACCAUUCAACUUAUCAUCUGAAUUGACUAUUCACGUUGGACCGAUUUUGUAAUAUAGAAUUUCAGUGAGGAAUUAAUAAUUUAUAAAAAUUAUAAAAACAAUUAUUAUAACAAUUAUCAAUUAUCAAUUUCAUUUACAUAUUGUUUUAUUUUCAUUAAACUAUAUAAAUUUUCAAAUUGUAUUUUGUAGCUGAAAGCGAUUAUUAUUAAAGAUUUCAAAUUUUUUCAGCAUUUAUAUAAGAAUGUGAGAAAUUCUUCUAAAAAAAAUUGAGAUUUUUAAAAAUAAAAUUUGUCAA